GCGAUGGCGUCUGCUGAUGUGAGACAGGAGCUGGACUGUUCCAUCUGCCUGAGCAUUUAUACAGAUCCUGUAAACCUGAGAUGUGGCCACAACUUCUGCCGGGUCUGUAUUGAUCGUGUGCUGGAUACACAGGAGGGGGCUGGAGUUUAUAACUGUCCUGACUGCAGAGCAACAUUCAAGAAACGACCUGCACUGCAGAGGAACAUAACGCUGUGCAACAUAGUGGGGAGUUUCCAGGCUACUCGGAAUGGUCAGGAGGAGACUGGGAUCUUCUGCACUUACUGUGUGGACUCUCUUAUACCUGCUGCUAAAUCCUGUCUGCUGUGUGAGGCUUCUCUGUGUGAUAAACACCUGAGAGUACACAGCAAGUCACCAGAGCACGUCUUAUGUGAUCCCACCACUGCCCUGGGGAACAGGAAAUGCUCCAUCCAUAAGAAGAUCCUGGAGUAUUACUGCACUGAGGACGCUGCCUGUAUCUGUGUGUCCUGCUGUCUGAUUGGGGAACACAGAGGACAUCAGAUGGAGUCGCUGGAUGAGGCUACUGAGAAGAAGAAGGAGAAACUGAGAAAUGUUCUGCAGAAUCUGACCACAAAGAGAGAGGAGACUGAGAUAAGAGUGCAGAGUCUGCAGGAGCGCCGGAAAGAAGGUAAAAUAAAAGCAGCUGGUGUAACAGAGAGAGUCACUGCCCUGUUUAGAGACAUCAGGAGACAGCUGGAUGACCUGGAGAAAAGAGUCCUGAGUGAGAUCUUCAGGCAGGAACAGCGCGUUUCUAUCUCAGUCUCUGAUCUGAUCCAGCAGCUGGAAAUAAAGAAGGACGAGCUGUCCGGGAAGAUGCGUCACAUUGAGGAGCUGUGUAACAUGUCUGAUCCAGUGACUGUCUUACAGGAACCAGACACAGGUGACUUGUAUGAUACUGAAGACACAGACAGACAUGAUAACCAGGUCCAUGAUAUUGGAGAUCUGGAUGUGGGUCUCAUCUCAGAGACAAUACAUACAGGAUUAGCUGAUAUAAUAACAGAUAUAAAUGUAUCUUUCUAUGUGCAGGGACCUGCAGACAUAUUACUAGAUGUAACCACAGCUGGAAAUUAUAUACAUAUAUCAGAUGACAGGAAAACUGCAUCCAGGUCAUACAUAGACCAAAAUCAUCCAGAAACACCAGAGAGAUUUGAUUAUAAUCAGGUAUUAAGCACUGGGAGUUUUUCCUCAGGCCAACAUUACUGGGAAGUUGAAAUCAUUCAUUCAGGUGGGUGGAGGUUGGGGAUGUGUUACCCCAGUAUAGGCAGGAGAGGACGUCAGUCACACAUUGGAAGUAAUGACAAGUCCUGGUGUCUGUGUAGGUAUAAGAAUCAGUACUCAGUGAUACAUGGCAGGAAAGUGAUCCAGUUACCUGACAAUAUUCCCUGGGUUCGAGUAAGGGUAUAUCUGGAUUAUGAGGCAGGACUGUUAUCCUUUUAUUCUCUGGGUGACCCCAUCAGACACUUACACACCUACACUGCCAGCUUCACUGAGCCCCUCCAUGCUGUGUUAUGCGUAGAGAAUGGUUGUAUCAAGAUAUCUGGGGCAGUUAUGAGCAAGGAGACGGAAUCAUAAGAAAUCCCUCCAGAGACUGGUGACAGUGAGGGGAAUGUGACAGAUGUGUAUGUAGCGUGCGCUGAGUCUAUCACCACCUCCUGUGUUACCAGAUGACCAGUGUGACUGAUUGGUUUCCUUACUGGUAAAUAAGAAAUCUUCAUCAUAAGGAGGCUUGCCAUAAUAUCCCUUUAUUCCGGGACAUAUGUAUUUAUACAGAUUCUGUGGCUGAUUAAAAUCAGGGGAAAUGCAGUCAGCCACAGAACCUGUGUAAUUCAUAUGUGUCCUGGAAUAAAGGGAUAUUAUGGCAAGCCUAAUUAUAAAUAUAUAUUUCUGUGGGGUUUCUCCAUCUCUGACUCAAGGUGAGCUGUGAUUGGCUGCAAUAACUGUCAGUCAGUGUAUGCUCUAUUACUCUAGUCAGCUUGCUCUUAUUGGCUGCAAUGUAUGCGUGUGGUGAAUGGAAUGUUGUCCAAAAUGACUAAUGUGCCAUCCGUGUUUCACAAUGAUGGGGAAAACAACAGCGAUGGGAAAACUAUGUUGGUUUGUACCAUCGAUGAGCUUCCCUGGUUGGCGGUCCGCAGUGUGCUGGCGCAUGCCAGAGAUUCAUUGAUUGACAGGCAGAGGUGGCCGCUGGGCCUGUGUUGCCCGGACUGCACCCCCAAAACGUUGGACUAAUGCCGCCGGCCCGCCCCCUCCCGCCCAGCGGCUGCCUCUAAAUGUCAAUCAGUGCCAAGGAGCUGCGCUGUAGGGAGCUACUCCUCAGAUACAAAAGCAUUGCCGCCGUGCCAUGCUUAUGUACCUGUGCAGCGGGAUAGAGUCAGACAUGAUGGGCAGAGUAUCCCUGUGCUGGGCGUCCCCCCGCAUGUCUGUGAUACUGAUUGUAGAUGUGCUAAAUUUAUCACAUCUACAAUCAUGUCUGAAUUAGGCCCAUGGUUAUAGGACAACACUAAAUAAGACUGUGACUGGUAUAUGGGGAAUAGGGGAGAGACAGCAUGAGACAGAGGGACAGUGACUGGCUGGGGAUAGACUGUGACUGGUAUAUGGGGAAUAGGGGAGAGACAGCAUGAGACAGAGGGACAGUGACUGGCUGGGGAGAGACUGACGGGUAUAUGGGGAAUAGGGAAGAGACAGCAUGAGACAGAGGGACAGUGUCUGGCUGGGGAUAGACAGCAUGAGACAGAGGGACAGUGACUGGCAGGGGAGAGACUGUAUGAGACAGAGGGACAGUGACUGGCAGGGGAGAGACAGCAUGAGAUAGAGGGAGAGUGUGGCUGGGGAUAGACUGUGACGGGUAUAUGGGGAAUAGGGGAGAGACAGCAUGAGACAGAGGGACAGUGUCUGGCUGGGGAGAGACUGUGACGGGUAUAUGGGGAAUAGGGGAGAGACAGCAUGAGACAGAGGGACAGUGUCUGGCUGGGGAGAGACUGUGACGGGUAUAUGGGGAAUAGGGGAGAGACAGCAUGAGACUGAGGGACAGUGACUGGCAGGGGAGAGACAGCAUGAGACAGAGGGACAGUGUCUGGCUGGGGAGAGACUGUGACGGGUAUAUGGGGAAUAGGGGAGAGACAGCAUGAGACAGAGGGACAGUGUCUGGCUGGGGAGAGACUGUGACGGGUAUAUGGGGAAUAGGGGAGAGACAGCAUGAGACAGAGGGACAGUGUCUGGCUGGGGAGAGACUGUGACGGGUAUAUAGGGAAUAGGGGAGAGACAGCAUGAGACAGAGGGACAGUGUCUGGCUGGGGAGAGACUGUGACUGGUAUAUGGGGAAGAGGGGAGAGACAGUAUGAGACUGAGGGACAGUGUCUGGCUGGGGAUAGACUGUGACUGGUAUAUGGGGAAUAGGGGAGAGACAGUAUGAGACUGAGGGACAGUGUCUGGCUGGGGAUAGACUGUGACGGGUAUAUGGGGAAUAGGGGAGAGACAGCAUGAGACAGAGGGACAGUGUCUGGCUGGGGAUAGACUGUGACUCGUAUAUGGGGAAUAGGGGAGAGACAGCAUGAGACAGAGGGACAGUGACUGGCAGGGGAGAGACAGUAUGAGACAGAGGGACAGUGACUGGCUGGGGAGAGACUGUGACGGGUAUAUGGGGAAUAGGGGAGAGACAGCAUGAGACAGAGGGACAGUGACUGGCAGGGGAGAGACAGUAUGAGACAGAGGGACAGUGACUGGCUGGGGAUAGACUGUGACUGGUAUAUGGGGAAUAGGGGAGAGACAGCAUGAGACAGAGGGACAGUGACUGGCAGGGGAGAGACAACAUGAGACAGAGGGACAGUGACUGGCUGAGGAGAGACUGUGAUGGGUAUAUGGGGAAUAGGGAAGAGACAGCAUGAGACAGAGGGACAGUGACUGGCUGGAGAUAGUCUGUGACUGGUAUAUGGGGAAUAGGGGAGAGACAGCAUGAGACAGAGGGACAGUGACUGGCAGGGGAGAGACAGCAUGAGACAGAGGGACAGUGUCUGGCUGGGGAUAGACUGUGACUGGUAUAUGGGGAAUAGGGGAGAGACAGCAUGAGACAGAGGGACAGUGUCUGGCUGGGGAGAGACUGUGACUGGUAUAUGGGGAAUAGGGGAGAGACAGCAUGAGACAGAGGGACAGUGACUGGCAGGGGAGAGACAGCAUGAGACAGAGGGACAGUGACUGGCUGGGGAUAGACUGUGACUGGUGUAUGGGGAAUAGGGGAGAGACAGCAUGAGACAGAGGGACAGUGACUGGCAGGGGAGAGACAGCAUGAGACAGAGGGACAGUGACUGGCUGAGGAGAGACUGUGACGGGUAUAUGGGGAAUAGGGGAGAGACAGCAUGAGACAGAGGGACAGUGACUGGCAGGGGAGAGACAGCAUGAGACAGAGGGACAGUGUCUGGCUGGGGAUAGACUGUGACUGGUAUAUGGGGAAUAGGGGAGAGACAGCAUGAGACAGAGGGACAGUGUCUGGCUGGGGAGAGACUGUGACGGGUAUAUGGGGAAUAGGGGAGAGACAGCAUGAGACAGAGGGACAGUGUCUGGCUGGGGAUAGACUGUGACUGGUAUAUGGGGAAUAGGGGAGAGACAGCAUGAGACAGAGGGACAGUGACUGGCUGGGGAUAGACUGUGACUGGUGUAUGGGGAAUAGGGGAGAGACAGCAUGAGACAGAGGGACAGUGACUGGCAGGAGAGAGACAGCAUGAGACAGAGGGACAGUGACUGGCUGAGGAGAGACUGUGACGGGUAUAUGGGGAAUAGGGAAGAGACAGCAUGAGACAGAGGGACAGUGACUGGCAGGGGAGAGACAGCAUGAGACAGAGGGACAGUGUCUGGCUGGGGAUAGACUGUGACUGGUAUAUGGGGAAUAGGGGAGAGACAGCAUGAGACAGAGGGACAGUGUCUGGCUGGGGAGAGACUGUGACGGGUAUAUGGGGAAUAGGGGAGAGACAGCAUGAGACAGAGGGACAGUGUCUGGCUGGGGAUAGACUGUGACUGGUAUAUGGGGAAUAGGGGAGAGACAGCAUGAGACAGAGGGACAGUGACUGGCUGGGGAUAGACUGUGACUGGUGUAUGGGGAAUAGGGGAGAGACAGCAUGAGACAGAGGGACAGUGACUGGCAGGAGAGAGACAGCAUGAGACAGAGGGACAGUGACUGGCUGAGGAGAGACUGUGACGGGUAUAUGGGGAAUAGGGAAGAGACAGCAUGAGACAGAGGGACAGUGACUGGCUGGAGAUAGUCUGUGACUGGUAUAUGGGGAAUAGGGGAGAGACAGCAUGAGACAGAGGGACAGUGACUGGCUGGGGAUAGACUGUGACGGGUAUAUGGAGAAUAGGGGAAAGACAGCAUGAGACAGAGGGACAGUGUCUGGCUGGGGAUAGACUGUGACUGGUAUAUGGGGAAUAGGGGAGAGACAGCAUGAGACAGAGGGACAGUGACUGGCAGGGGAGAGACAGCAUGAGACAGAGGGACAGUGACUGGCUGGGGAUAGACUGUGACGGGUAUAUGGGUAAUAGGGGAGAGACAGCAUGAGACAGAGGGACAGUGACUGGCUGAGGAGAGACUGUGACUGGUAUAUGGAGAAUAGGGGAGAGACAGCAUGAGACAGAGGGACAGUGACUGGCUGAGGAGAGACUGUGACUGGUAUAUGGGGAAUAGGGGAGAGACAGCAUGAGACAGAGGGACAGUGUCUGGCUGGGGAGAGACUGUGACUGGUAUAUGGAAAAUAGGGGAGAGAGUAACGCAUAAGAGGUUUAUUUAGUAAAAGGUCAAUUUUUAUUGUUGAAAAUUGAUGAAAAACUAUCUGCACCGAUGUUGGAUUUCAGGGGCUCAGACAAACAUUCACUAAUAGAUGAUUUUGUUUUGUAAAUGUUAGUACAUGUGUGUUUUAGACCUGCAAGUUCCACGUCGUCCUUUAGCGAAAAUAUCCCUGACUAUUGUUCAUCUAUUAAUACCUUUAGAGAGUAACAUGAGUGGGGACAACUUAUUACACGUGUGAGUGAAACAUGUUACAUAGAAGUGUUGCAUUUCAUCAAUCAUAAUCAGGCGUAUAUCCCUGGAUAUGUGUAGUGUGUAUUAUUAUUCUGUACUCAUUGGCUGUAUAUAUACGGUUUAUUUUGGGGUGAUAAGAUGGGGAAAUAUCCGCACCCAGACGGAAUCUCAGACAGUGAAUACUGUGCCGGAUCCAUCCACCAGAGACCCCUCACCACGGAGUCCCCCGACCGAGAGCUGAUUGGGGGUUGAUAGAUGUGGUCGGUGAAUAUGAGUAACUACUAGAGUGAUACAUAUACAUAUAUAUAGCCUUAUGUCAUAGUAUUCCUUUCAUUUUGCUUUUUAUAUGGAGAUCCUCUAAUAGUUAUUUGCUGUUAAAAAAAAAAGAUCUUCUUAUAGUUUCUGAUAUUAUACUGUGAUGCUAGUGCGUACAUUCUAUGUUUCUAUUCUUAUCCGCAAUAAACCACUGCGUUGUGUAAGUA